AUGGUUGGAAGCACGUUCGCGAAAAUACUCGACAAACAUUGCCUAGAGGGGCAUAAUUUCCCAACCUGGUAUCAUAAUGUCAAGAUUCUCCUAACAUUGGAGAAGAUUAUUUACGUACUUGACAAGCCUCUUCCUGACAUACCUCUUGGCCCUGAGGCCACAGAGGAUGAACGUGCUAAGUAUGACAAGCACGUUGAGGAUGAUACACAAGCCAAGUGCUAUCUGUUGGCUUCCAUGAAUGAGGAGCUACAGAGACAGCACGAGGGCAUGGACAGUGAGGCUAAACCGCGGCUCAUUCGUUGGAUGCUCUUACUUCAAGAAUUCGACAUUGAAAUUAGGGACAAGAAGGGAUAUGAAAACGUGGUGGCUGACCACCUAAGUCGAAUGGUGCGUGAAGAAGAGGACCUUCCCAUUUUAGAAACGUUUCCGGAUGAACAACUUCUAUCCGUUGAGGUAAGUAACCCUUGGUAUGCUGAUUUAGUUAAUUUUUUGGUGUCUAAGCAAGUUCCUAACACCUUAAGCAAAGCUCAACGUGAUAAAUUAAAAAAGGAGGCACGUUUUUAUGUUUGGGAUGACCCUUAUUUGUGGAAAAUAUGCCCGGAUCAGAUUGUGCGUCGUUGUGUUCAUGAAUCUGAAACAUGUGAUAGAUGUCAAAAGACCGGAAGUAUAGGCCAAAGAGACCAAAUGCCGCAAACCCCAAUCCUUGUUGUUGAAAUCUUUGAUGUUUGGGGUAUUGAUUUUAUGGGUCCGUUCCCUAUGUCUUUUGGUUUUACGUACAUUUUACUUGCCGUUGAUUAUGUGUCAAAGUGGGUGGAAGCUAAAGCCACCCGAACUAACGAUUCUAGAGUUGUUGUAGACUUUGUAAAAUCUAACAUUUUCUCUAGAUUUGGGAUGCCUCGAGUGCUCAUAAGCGAUGGUGGGACUCAUUUUUGCAACCGCACCAUUAUAGUGUUGCUCAAGAAGUAUAACGUGAUGCAUAAGGUUUCCACACCUUAUCACCCCCAAACCAGUGGCCAAGCUGAAGUUUCAAAUCGAGAGAUCAAGCAAAUCCUGGAAAAGACCGUUGGGCCGAAUAGAAAAGAUUGGAGCUUGCGCUUGGAGGAUGCACUGUGGGCCUAUCGAACGGCUUACAAAACGCCCAUUGGUAUGUCCCCAUUUCGGCUAGUCUAUGGCAAGCCGUGCCAUCUACCCGUAGAGCUUGAGCACAAGGCACAUUGGGCGGUCAAGACCUUCAAUAUGGAUGUGGACGCGGCUGGAAACCAUAGGAAGCUACAAUUGAGCGAGCUUGAAGAGAUUAGGCAUGAAGCGUAUGAGAAUACCCGGAUUUACAAGGAGAAGACCAAGGCCAUCCAUGACAAGAUGAUUAGAGGCAAAACCUUCUCAAUUGAUGGAUACUCUGGAUAUAACCAAAUUGUGAUAGCCCCGGAUGAUCAAGAGAAUACCACAUUCACAUGUCCAUUUGGAACAUUUGCUUAUCGUCGCAUGCCAUUUGGCUUAUGCAACGCACCGGCCACUUUCCAAAGGUGUAUGGUAAGUAUAUUUUCCGAUUUUGUUGAAAAGAUCAUUGAGGUUUUCAUGGAUGAUUUCAGUGUGUUUGGGAGUUCAUUUGAUAAUUGCUUGGAUAAUCUGACCUUAAUUUUGAAACGAUGUGUUGAAACUAACCUUGUCUUGAAUUGGGAGAAAUGUCACUUUAUGGUGAAACAAGGUAUAGUUUUAGGACAUAUUGUUUCAGAAAAAGGAAUUGAAGUAGAUAAAUUGAAAAUAGACCUUGUACGUCACUUACCCUCUCCUACUUCGGUUAGAGAGGUACGUUCGUUUCUUGGCCAUGCAGGGUUUUAUAGGCGUUUUAUCAAGGACUUCUCCAAGAUGUCCAACCCUCUUUGCCGAUUGCUUCAAAAAGAUGUGCCAUUCAAGUUUGAUGAAGAGUGUAAUUCGGCAUUUAACCAACUCAAGGAGAAGCUAGUCUCGGCCCCCAUUAUUGUACCUCCAGAUUGGAGCCUUCCGUUCGAGCUUAUGUGCGAUGCAUCCGACUAUGCAUUAGGAGCUGUUCUAGGACAAAGAAGAGACAAGCGGCCGCAUGUCAUAUACUAUGCUGAUGGAUACUCUGGAUAUAACCAAAUUGUGAUAGCCCCGGAUGAUCAAGAGAAUACCACAUUCACAUGUCCAUUUGGAACAUUUGCUUAUCGUCGCAUGCCAUUUGGCUUAUGCAACGCACCGGCCACUUUCCAAAGGUGUAUGGUAAGUAUAUUUUCCGAUUUUGUUGAAAAGAUCAUUGAGGUUUUCAUGGAUGAUUUCAGUGUGUUUGGGAGUUCAUUUGAUAAUUGCUUGGAUAAUCUGACCUUAAUUUUGAAACGAUGUGUUGAAACUAACCUUGUCUUGAAUUGGGAGAAAUGUCACUUUAUGGUGAAACAAGGUAUAGUUUUAGGACAUAUUGUUUCAGAAAAAGGAAUUGAAGUAGAUAAAUCGAAAAUAGACCUUGUACGUCACUUACCCUCUCCUACUUCGGUUAGAGAGGUACGUUCGUUUCUUGGCCAUGCAGGGUUUUAUAGGCGUUUUAUCAAGGACUUCUCCAAGAUGUCCAACCCUCUUUGCCGAUUGCUUCAAAAAGAUGUGCCAUUCAAGUUUGAUGAAGAGUGUAAUUCGGCAUUUAACCAACUCAAGGAGAAGCUAGUCUCGGCCCCCAUUAUUGUACCUCCAGAUUGGAGCCUUCCGUUCGAGCUUAUGUGCGAUGCAUCCGACUAUGCAUUAGGAGCUGUUCUAGGACAAAGAAGAGACAAGCGGCCGCAUGUCAUAUACUAUGCCUCUCGGACUCUCAAUGAUGCCCAAUUGAACUACUCCACGACGGAAAAAGAACUUCUAGCUGUGGUUUUUGCUUUAGAUAAAUUCCGUUCAUAUUUAAUUGGUACUAAAGUAAUCGUUUAUUCUGAUCAUGCAGCUUUGAGGUACUUGCUCACGAAAAAGGAAGCAAAGCCG